AUGGCUACCUACGCUCUCUCUCCGGCUCACCGGAACCAAAUGGAGGUGUCCCUCGUGGACAGCGAUCCUGAGAUCGCCCAGAUCAUGGAGAAGGAAAUCCAACGUCAGCGCGAAUCCAUCGUCCUGAUCGCCUCGGAGAACUUCACCUCCCACGCUGUCUUCGAUGCUCUGGGUUCCCCCAUGAGCAACAAGUACUCCGAGGGUUACCCCGGUGCUCGCUACUACGGUGGCAACCAGCACAUCGAUGCUAUCGAGCUUACCUGCCAGGCUCGUGCCCUCAAGGCUUUCAACCUCGACCCCGCCAAGUGGGGCGUCAACGUUCAGUGCCUCAGUGGUAGCCCUGCCAACCUGCAGGUCUACCAGGCUCUCAUGCGCCCUCAUGACCGUCUCAUGGGUCUUGAUCUCCCCCACGGUGGUCACUUGAGUCACGGUUACCAGACUCCCGCCAAGAAGAUCUCUGCUGUCUCUACUUACUUCGAGACCUUCCCCUACCGUGUCAACCUUGAGACCGGUAUCAUUGACUACGAUCAACUCGAGGCCAACGCCGAGCUCUACCGCCCUAAGUGCUUGGUUGCUGGUACCUCCGCCUACUGCCGCCUGAUCGACUACGCUCGCAUGCGCAAGAUCGCUGACAAGGUCGGCGCCUACCUCAUUGUCGACAUGGCCCACAUCUCCGGUCUGAUUGCCGCCGGUGUCAUCCCCUCUCCCUUCGAGUACGCUGAUGUUGUCACCACCACCACCCACAAGUCCCUCCGUGGUCCCCGUGGUGCCAUGAUCUUCUUCCGCAAGGGUGUCCGCAGCACUGACCCCAAGACCGGCAAGGACAUCAUGUAUGACCUUGAGGGCCCCAUCAACUUCUCCGUCUUCCCUGGUCACCAGGGUGGUCCCCACAACCACACCAUCACUGCUCUGGCUGUUGCCCUUAAGCAGGCUGCUUCCCCCGAGUUCAAGCAGUACCAGGAGCAGGUCAUCAAGAACGCCAAGGCUCUCGAGGAGGAGUUCAAGACCCUCGGCCACAAGCUUGUCUCUGACGGCACUGACAGCCACAUGGUCCUUGUCGACCUCCGCAACAAGAGCCUGGACGGUGCUCGUGUCGAGGCUGUCCUCGAGCAGAUCAACAUUGCUUGCAACAAGAACUCCAUCCCUGGUGACAAGUCUGCUCUGACCCCCUGCGGUAUCCGUAUCGGUGCCCCCGCCAUGACCACCCGUGGUAUGGGUGAGGAGGACUUCAAGCGCAUUGCCCGCUACAUUGACCAGUCCAUCAACCUCUGCAAGAAGGUCCAGAGCGAGCUCCCCAAGGAGGCCAACAAGCUCAAGGACUUCAAGGCCAAGGUUGCUUCCGAGACCGUCCCUGAGAUCCUCAGCCUCCGCAAGGAGGUUGCUGAGUGGGCCAGCACCUUCCCCCUCCCCGUCUAA